AUCACGAGAAGCAUUUCAAAGCUGCGAUACUACAGAGCUCGCUAAAAAUGGCGAUGAUCAAGAUUUCACUUGUUCCGACUCUGUGAUAAAAUGGAAAUUCUCUUCAUACCCGCUCCCACGCAUUCUCAAAUAUCAUUGCGAUUUUUUUUUUUUUUAAUGAAACCUCGCGACGCGGACAUGUUCAAAUCUCGUUAUGUCACGGUAAUUAGCCUGAAAUAGAACUGAUUACAAGAUAUCUCCCGAGAUUAUCAAUAUCAGGAAAGUAAUUGCAAGAAGGAAGAAAAAUAUUUCGCAGUUAGUGAUCAGGCUGCAAGUUCCAUUCGGAACAGAUCGCGAUCGUCGGCGCACGCUCCCUCAUCAAUAGCUCCAUGGAUAAUAGCAUUAUAAAAACGACGAACGUUUAUAUGUCAACGGUCAUUACACUUCAUAAACCACUGUCUUCAACUCUCUGUGGUCGUUAAAUUGCGGUGAACGAAACUUAUCUUGUAGGAGAUAGCGAUGAUUGUCAUACUUCGAAAUAAGUUCCCUCCUGUUGCUGUCGUUUCACAAACAUCAGUUGUAUACACAUACAUAUAAUUAGCUAGUUAUACAAAAUACAGUUUCUUUAAUUGUAUUUGAUUAUUUGUUUAUACUUCCAACGUGCUUCGUGACCAUUAUUAUAGACCCUCGUCUGUUAUCAUACAUUUCAGCUGGCGGUCUUCAUCAAAGCGAGGAUUUAACUCUAUAUUUAGUAUGCUUGCUAUGCAGCUGUGCUUUCGUUUUCCUUAUUCGUAGCGCUGAUUUCUUUUUUUUGAAAUGGGCUGCAAAUUUAAAACGAUCAGACCCACACGACAGUCGUAGUGGCAGAAGAUAUGCGACAAAGCACUGAGAUAAUUGAUAUUCGCUAAUGACCAAGCGCUCGAAGGAUACACUUGACUCGUCAAAAUUGGGUGGUCAUUCUUGGCCAGCUUGUCGUAUGCGUGUACGAGAUGCCGACUCUGUUAAGCUUCAUUACGGUAGCGAAUUUGGUAGCAAGCUUGGUGAGAUAACGUCCCUCUUGAGGCCUUAAGUGUAUGGUCAUCGUCUUCCAUUGCUCGAAAAGAAUCGACGAAGAAAAUGCGACGAAGGAGAAGCGCCAUGGUCUUGCAGCAUUCGAAUGUGGUGCGCGUGGUUGUGUUGGGAAAGAAAGGUGUGGGAAAAUCAGCCUUGACCGUCCGGUUUAUGACCAAACGUUACAUCGGAGAGUACGAUAGCAGCAAUGAUGAAACUUGGAAACACAUCGCGAUGAUAGACGAAGAACAUGUACCCCUGGAGAUUAACGAUACGACCGGAUUGUGCUCAGAGGAGAAUCUCGACGUGUACGUCCGAUGUGGUGAUAUCUUCAUUAUCAUGUACUCAAUCACUGAUCGAGAAUCCCUGGAGCAUGCGCGCUACCUCGGAGAAUCAGUUCAACGUAAAAAACCUGAUGCGGCGGACAAUAUCGUGUUGGUGGGGACUAAAACCGACUUGGAGCAUUUACGUCGCGUCGACGUUCACUCGGCUCGGGAGACUGCGAACGAACUUCAGUGCCCGUUUCACGAGAUUUCGAUAAGCGAAGGUUACGAACAAGUUGAAAGAUUGUUCGAGGAGUUGCUGCGUAAGUUUUGCGGGAAAUUCGUCGGACAAAAGACCGCGGUCAGAUCGAUUCUCAAAAAGAAACAGAAAAACAAGGAUAAUUUGAACAAGUUGUCGAUGGGAAGGAAGAAAAGCAUCUAUAACAGCGCUCCUGUAGUGGAGUAUAUACAACAACACAUACAUGUUGGCAUGAAAGAUGAGAGAUUUAUCGAUCAACAACAAAACAAACGAAUGUCGAAGACCAAAAAACGCGCGAAUUCGGCACCCAAACAUUUGAAUGUGAUACUGCUUGGUCAGGAUGGCGUUGGAAAGUCAGCGUUCACAGUCCGCUUAAAGACAAGACGUUACAUUUCGGAAUAUAGCAAUAUCGAGGACAGCUACAGCCAUUGUAUUGAAAACGAGGGGGAACAUGUCUCGCUGACCAUAACAGACACCGCGGGAACGAAAUCCGACAGAGAUUUGGAAAACUAUCUGGUCGCAGGCGACCUCUACAUUAUCAUGUAUUCUAUCACAAAUCGUUCAUCUUUUGAAGAAUCGCGCAGGCUUGCGAGCUUCUUGCGUGAAAACAACAGGGGUUGUCAGUUAGAGAUUGCCCUAGUGGGAAACAAAACAGAUCUCGAGCACUUGAGAGAAAUCUCGGAAAGCGAGGGAACGUCUCUAUCUCAAGAGACGAGAUGUCGAUUCUACGAAAUUUCGGUCGCGAGAAAUGCCGUGGACGUGGAGUUUUUGAUGAGCGACGUACUCAAAAGUUUUCAAAAAGUCCCCGACGUCAGAUCGGCGAGCAGAGCUUCGUUGACCAAGGUGAAAGAAAAUUUAACGCGCAACAAACCUUUCAGGUCGUUAAAGAGGCGAAUGUCAAUAUCUUGACGAAGAAAUGACAGAUUACAUGGGGAAAUAUGUAGGAACUCGACGCCCACUUCACAUACACUUGCCUGAAUUGUGGACGAUCCUUAAAAUCGUCGGGCCUUAAGAAGCUAUAAUCACCAGCAUAUUGUUACGAAUUCGACAAAACUGGAACAGUGCCUAAUAUUGACGAAAGUCGCAAAAGAACUACUUUUGGCCUCGAAAAUAAAUUCGAUUUAUGUAUAUAUUUCCUUUUUUUGUGCUUUGAAAAUAUGAAUAUUGACCGUUUCA